CGUUACCCGGAUAGCAAGUGUUCGGGAGUGUUCGCGGCAAAUCCCAAACAACUCUCUGUUUCUCCAAGAAAGCGCUCCGCUGCUUCUCGAGGAGUCUGCGUGGUCCUCCUCGCUCUUCGCACGCGUUGCCAGCGUCGUGGCGGGACACAGCGCUUGGGUUCGCUGUGUGCUUGACGGGUCUUGAUGGUUUCAGCCUUUUACAGACGGGAAAGUGAGGCGAAACACAGACGCAAGCCGGGUUCGCAGAGAUCUCUCGAGAGGCAGUUGCCACGCGCUUGCAGUCCAGAGACUGCAUAAACUGCCUAGAGGCACUCUCGCGCGGGCGCAAGUCGAAAGUGAGCUUUUGUGCGGCGGUCCACCGCUGGAAAAAGCGUUUUCCUGCGUCAACACACAGACGUUUCGCUGCGGGUCUGAGCACGCGUGUCGCGCGCUCGAAAAUCCGGAGAAGGAGGAACUUCUACGCAACAGACGAGACUGCAGCGACACACCGAUUCCUGGGCAGGUUGGCAAGUACAAGCUGGACCUUCUGCCAGCGCGAGACACGCUCGCUACGACGGGGUCUUUUCCUGGACUCGCACAGACAAGAACUGCACUUUGUUCCGCUGAUUCUUCGGGGAAUUUCCAGCUGCUUCUCGGAAAUUCUUUCGCUUGCUCUUCUAUCGGGAAAAAGAAGAAAAGGGCGCGCGUUUUUUCAUUCCACGAAAUCGAAGCACACGGGUGUGCCGCAGAAGCUGCUCUCGUCGCUGCCGUGCCGACAUUCUCUCUCAAGGCAGGGUUUCUCUUUUUCGUUCUCGUGAAAGAAAAGUUGACGUCAACGACCCAAUUCCUCGCAUCUGCUUUUCCUGUUUGCCUCGACGACCUUCUUGUCGGGUGCGCUCCUUCGUGGCAGCUGACGGAGCUGAGGUUGCGACUUGAGGUAGUCGCUCUGCUCCGAAAAGUCGGAAGAGUCCUGUUUCCGUUUUCUUCGCUUUUUCCGAUUCUGUGCUUGCUGGUCCGCCCUCUUUGCAGUGAAAAUCAGGUGCUUCUUUGCCAAACGCGUGGCGGACAGAUCUUCCACUCCGCCAGCCUUUCCACGCACCAUGCCCUUUUUUCCCUCUGUGGCGACCUGCAGACGGCCGCGAGUCCACUUGACUUCCAGAAGGAAGUCCGAGUCUCGACAUAUGUCGAUUCGCUGAUGUUCUUCGUUCGCAUGCGUCAGAAAGAAGGCAAAUUUCGGCGACUCUGGCCUCUGCGGGUCUCCAACUUCCUCCGUUUUUCUCCUCCGACUUUUCUUUCUUUUCCCUGCGCCCCAAAUCUCGACUCAGCAAACACAGCACACAAAUACACAUGCACCGUUAAACAUUCCAUCGUACAUAUUUACAUGUAUAUUUAUACAUUUACAUAUAUGUAUACAUAUAUGUAUACAUAUAUGUAUAUAUAUAUGUAUAUGUAUAUGCGUGCAUGUAUACAGACAGACGUAGAGGCAUAUACGUGACUGUAUCUAUAUGAGCAACUACGUCUUUGUACACUGUUGUAUAGAUUCAUCUGUAUUAUCUGCGUGUCUGAGGCCUUCCGUGUUUGCGAUGAAGGAAAUUGCGUUUUUUUUGUUGCCUCUGGGCGGCAUCCUGUCGUUUCUUUUGUGUCUGCCGAUCCAGUGCGUGCAGCGCGCAUGCAUUUCGUUUGCCUCGCUGCAGCUGUCUCUGGGUCGCGUUUCUCUGCGCCUCUCGGCGACAUGUUUCCUCUACUCGCUCCUGCGCUUCGUUCACGUUUGCACGCGCGUGGCGCGCGACGCCAGUCCCCAAUCCGCGGGCCUCGGGGCUUCGGGGGCCUCGCACCCGAACGCGGGGGCAGGUCUUGCGCUGGACGUCCGGCGGCAGGCGCAGGUCCUGCGUCACCAAAGAAACUUCUGGAUUACUCUCUCCGCCGUCUUCGUCUGGCUCUUCGUGUGGUGGCUGGCGAAGCUGCUGCGGUGGUACUGGAGGUCGCUGGCGGCGAAGCAGAAAGAAGUCGAGACUCUCAGGGCGCAGGUCGCUCUCUUCACUCGCAGGAACUUGUCGGCGCCUCUCGCCGAAAACGGCAGCGAGACUGCGAAGAAGAGCGAGGAGACUGCGAAGAAGAGCGAGGAGACUGCGAAGAAGAGCGAGGAGACUGCGAAGAAGGGCAAGGAGAAGCGUGGAGACGCAGAGAGGGACGGAGAGACUCUGGAGAAGAACAGCAAAGUUCAAGAGGUGGAACUGACUGCAUUGGAGAGACAGAAGGCAGACGGUUGCCGCGAAGAGAAGAACGAGGCAAAAGAGAGAGCGGGAAGCAAUGAAACGCGACAGAGACUCCUUUACAGGGAAAACGCAGACGCACGAACUCUUGGAGUGAUCGACUAAACACAGCUCUCCAGAAGAAACAGUUCGAAGGACACAAGAGAAGACAGGGGACAAGAGAACACGGAGCCACACAUCUCUUCACAUGCAAAGAGUAUACCUACGUGUGAAUGAAGAACACCGGACCGCACAAAUACAUGCAGUUUAUACAUGUCCCAUAUUUGUAUAUAUAUACAUACAUAUGUAUACGUAUAUGUAUAUGUAUAUGUAAACGUAGUAGGUGUAGAUGGAUGUAUGGAGGUGUGGGUUGAGGCAUGGAGACAGCUGAGAGGAGCUCGUGCGGUUGUCGAAAAUCCUGGGGGACACUGCAUGCAAAGGACGCAAGGAAUCUUAGCAGCGUGGGAAGAAACGUCUCCAAGAUGAAGGAGAUAUAUGCAUGUGUAUACGAAUGCGGAAAGACGAGUGGAUCGUCAGGUGUAUGGGCACACCUACGCGCACCAGUCUAGGGAGGAGAUUAACGUGUGAAGCCGUAUGCAAUCGAGGGAAGUCUUCUCUCAGAAAGGACCUUUAGUAGUCUCGCGUAUGCUUUCUUAUGUAUACAUCUACAUGCAUCUAUAUAUACAUACAUAUAUAUAUAUAUAUAUAUAUAUAUAUAUCUGAAUAAAGCUCUUGAUGGAUGUCCGUGCAGAAGUGCGAAAGGAGGUUCACCUGUGCAUGUGAGCAGCCCCCUCCCCAUGUGUGCUUGUCCGUAUGUGAGUCCUGAACCUGCAAAGACGUUCAGCUUCAGUUCUUUCUUUGUGAGAGAGAGGGGACUUCUCAUUCCUUCGCAGUCUCUGAAAGUGAUGCUUCCUCAACACCUUUCAACAGGGCCUUCACUACUACCGAAAAAAACAUUUUUAAGACGAGAAACAAGCUUUGAAAUUCGUCGACAGCAAACGAACCACCAUAAACCGUGCAUCCCUG